AUGUCUCACCGUCAGCUCCCACGAGCUGCUGCAGCUCUGCGAACGGGAACAUCUCUCCGAUCAUAUUCGACAAAGACCAUCGAUUCCAUCCUGAUUGCAAACAGAGGGGAGAUCGCAAUAAGAGUGAACAAGACAGCUGCUCAGCACGGCAUCCGCACAACCACACUGUAUACCAACCCGGAUGCUCUCGCACAGCAUGCUCAUUCCUCUCCCUUCUCCUUCAACCUCGGCCCAACCGCUGCAUACUUGGACCAAGACAAGAUCCUCCGGAUAGCAAAGCAGCAAGGUUGUCAGGCAAUACAUCCGGGCUAUGGCUUCCUGUCAGAGAAUGCCGAGUUUGCGAAGAGGUGCGCAGAAGAAGGUGUCACCUUCAUUGGCCCACCUGCGAGCGCCAUUGAAGAUAUGGGUGACAAAGCUAGGAGCAAGGAGAUCAUGAAUGCUGCCGGUGUACCCUGUGUCCCUGGCUAUCAUGGCUCCGACCAAGCUCCUGACACACUCGCACAGGAGGCAGAGAAGAUCGGCUAUCCUGUCCUCAUCAAAGCCGUGAGGGGCGGCGGAGGCAAGGGAAUGAGGAUCGCAAGGUCCGCCCAGGAGUUCCCAGAUAUGCUAGAAAGUGCGAAGAGCGAGGCCAGGAACUCGUUUGGCAACGAUGAAGUCCUGGUUGAGAAGUACAUCACGACCCCGCGCCACAUUGAAGUUCAGGUUUUUGCGGACAAGCAUGGUAAUUGCCUGGCCUUGGGUGAGCGUGAUUGUUCCAUCCAACGACGGCAUCAGAAGAUCCUUGAGGAAUCUCCUGCCCCCAACCUGGACGACUCGAUACGAAAAGACCUGUGGGAGAAAGCUCGGGCGGCUGCAUUAGCUGUAAAAUAUGAGGGCGCCGGUACGGUCGAGUUCAUCUUUGACAAUGAUACUGGCGAUUUCUAUUUCAUGGAGAUGAACACCAGGCUGCAGGUCGAGCAUCCCGUGACCGAGAUGGUGACUGGGCUGGACCUCGUGCAUUGGCAAAUCCAAGUUGCAGAGGGCAAACCACUCCCUUUGACACAGGACCAAGUUGAGAAACAGAUUGCUCAACGUGGCCAUGCCAUCGAGGCAAGAAUCUAUGCCGAGAAUCCAGACAAGGGAUUCAUACCCGAUUCUGGCAGACUAUCGCAUGUCAAGUUACCGCACGAGUCGGCCGAUGUACGGAUAGAUAGCGGCUUCGUGCAAGGAGACACGGUAUCCAGCCAUUACGACCCAAUGAUUGCGAAAUUGAUCGUACGAGGCGAGACAAGAGAACUCGCUCUACGCAAGAUGGUAGCUGCAUUGCAAGACUACGAGGUGGCGGGACCAGUCACGAACAUCGACUUCCUCAAACGAAUAUGCAAAUCCCCUGAUUUCGUGGGUGGCAAUGUUGAGACGGGUUACAUCGAAAAACACAGAGACGAGCUCUUUCCCGAAGUCUCCUUCACACCUGAAGUUCUCGCCGAGGCCGCAAUAGCAUCCUUCCUGCGCCAUUCACCGCAGCCGAACUCCUCUCCUCCGGCAUGGGGCCUCCCUUCAGCAUCAUCUUCCUGGCUUGACACUUCCUCCGACUUCCAACCACGCACUUUCCACUUCCACACCGCAAGUUUUGAACCUGGGCCUGGAAAGACACCGGACAUCCACGCGGUCCAGCUCCAGCAGCUCAGCCCAGGCACCUUCUCCGUACAAACGCCAGCCAGUAGCGAUGCAAUCACAUUGACAUCCUCAUUCGAUCCUCUAUCAAAUACGUUGACCACGUAUUUCCCACACACAAGGCACACUUCCCGCGUCAUCUUCCAGGCGUCCUCGGCCAGUAACCAGCAGAUGAUCCACCUCUUUACACCCCAGGGCUCCACGCUGCUAAUCUCGCCACCACCUCCUUUCCUGGCUAAAGCCCUUGGCCUCCGCGAAUCUGCAAAUAGCUUGGUCUCUCCCAUGCCCGCAAAAAUCCUGCGAGUGUUGGUCAAACCUGGCGAUGUCGUGAAGAAGGAACAACCAUUGGUUGUCAUCGAGAGUAUGAAAAUGGAGACCGUCAUCAGGAGUCCAGUUGAAGGGGCAAAGGUCAAGAGAGUGGCACAUGGUGAGGGUGAGGUGGUCGGCGCUGGUGUGGACUUGGUCGAAUUUGAAGAGCAGAAAGAAGGAGAGUAG